AUGGAAAAGGUCUGCCGGCACUCAGAUGUCUAUGUUGACGCCUCACCACAUGCGUCCAAAGUCGGCUUCAAACGCGCAACGGGGAGACAGCGUCUGCUGGCGGCAACCGAACAUGGACGUGUCAGGAAAACACUGGAGUUGCUUACGGCAAGAGAAGCCUUUGUAGAUGAAAUGACCUUCCCUGGGCCAUUGGUCCUCCCCGAUGAUGACCUCGCCGAGGACCCAGACUGCCCGCCCCAGGACUUGCGAGAAUGGAGAGACGCGGAGACGCGGAAUCCAGUCACUCCACAGCGAAAGACAGUCUACAUCGUUCCAAGUCCAUCCAUUGCUCCAGAAGUCUCCAAGAUGCAGACGUGGUCUGUCCGCAGCACGCAAGCCGCAACAUCGAAACACGAUAUGCAAGCUACCGAGGCCCCCAAAAUCACUGACCUAAUGGAAUACUUGUCCGCCUUCUUCCACGGCAUGCCCGUCAAACUCUUCAAACCACCCUUCCAAUGGCAGAAAUGGAACAAGUACGACGGCGCAAUCUCAAAAUCCGCCCACACGCAGCGCCGGAUCGGACUCAGGACCCCCGGCCGCCGGCUCUUCGGAAUCCGGUGCCGUGCAUCGCCGGACGGGGUGUCUCCCAUGCAGGUCAACCUGGACGACGUCCUAGACGCCUUGGCGGAAAACAUCCCGGCAGACGCGCAUUCGAUCAUGAUGCUGCUCGACUUGGACAUGUACGAAGGAGACGGGGACAUCUUCACCGCCGGGAGGGCAUACGGGGGGAGCCGCAUCGCUGCCGUCUCGCUGUUCCGCGACCAGCCGCUGUGUGCGCCUCCGGACGAUAGCCACGCAUGGCCGGCAUCUCAUUGCGCCAAAUACGUCGAC